AUCAGAAUCGGCUUACAUUCAACACCCACAUCCUGCCCUUCAUCGUCUCGUAUCGCCAUUGUAUAUAUCGAGGUCCCUUCAGAGACCGCUUGGUCGUCUGUGAUCCUAUGCGCCGUAGCUGCGAGCUCUCGUCCUGGAUCGGAGCAUCCUCGACGGCAGGCCGAGCUCAAUUCGCUCGACGGGCUCUUCCAUCGCCACGCCUUCAACGACACUCAGGCAAUGAGGUCGGCGUGGCAUGGCCGCGGCUCUUGCCCCUUCUAGCAGCCAGCGUAGGCCCAUCUGGUUGCCGUGGCAUACACACCGCUGGCGCGUUGCGACGUCAGACGGCUCUGCGGGACAGUAUCCUCGAUCACGAUCCUGCUUUCGCAUGGGAUGCCAAGCCUUCGGACGGCUUUGGAGAGGAGACGCUGCCGCGAAAUCAGGUAGAGUCGGGGCUUGCUGCCAUGGACGACGGGGAACUUAUAGACCAUUGCCGACAAGCUGCCGCCUACGGCCUCCGAGGUCUCGUAGAUGAAAUCCUCGCCCACUUCGAGGGUCCUUAUGGUACCGCUCCUUCAGCUUCUUCUUCCUCCUCGCCGAAGUCCGCUUCUCGCAGGCGACGCUGCAUGGAGGCGAUGACCCAGGGAAGCCUCAGUCGCGAUGGCAGUAAGAUUUUGAUCUCGCCAGAGCAGAUGCUUCGCGUCUAUCAACUCCUGCGACAAGAAUAUGACCAGUCACGGGAGGACCAUCUUUUCGCUUUCUUGAGCCGACGCUCGGCCCGCUACCUUGCCUUGCGUCUUUCAGCGUCAAAGUACAUCUAUCUCUUCGAUGCCUUUCGAGAAGUACAAGAGCAGCUACUACAGACAAAUGCCUCUGAGCAAGACGACGCUGGUGCUUUCCCGUCUAGAAAAGAAUUGAUUCACACCUUACAAUAUUGCCUCAGCGAAGCGCUUUGGCAGCGGGGAGGCUCGGCCUUAGUCCGGUCUUCUCUUGACCAGCUACUCUCUCGAGAGGCAGAGAGAGCCAUCCUCGUUGAAGCCAGCGAUGAUGCCAAGGCCUGGCUCGGUGAUGAGGCCGACCCGGACUCUUUCUUCGCAUUGUUCACGCGUCUCUUUGCAAUCAGGCUCAGCAUUCAAGCCGGUGACGUUGGCAUGGUGGCGAGACAUUGCCACGCAACAUUGACGCGAUUUGCAUCAUCAGCUCGCAGUGAGACUGUUGCACUUCAGUAUGCGAUUGAUACUGCAGAGGCCCUCUGCAGAAUUUCGCCCAUCAGAAAGGCGCCUAGCAAGACAGAUGGCUUCAGUCAGAGUCAGCAAAUUUUGAGAGACUUUGCAGAUCAGCUGGUACCGGCGAUGCAGUCUCAUCAUCAAGCAUCUGCCAUACCCCCACUGAGAGGCCUAUGUGAAAAGAUGCUACAGAAUCGACGUUACCAAAUUCUGGCCGAUUUGCUGCUCCACUACAAAGGUCUUGGGCUUCGCAUCACACAGCUCAUCACGGCGUUUCAACUCACCAGACUGGCACGAGGGCUUGUCCUUCAACGAGGAGUGUCUGUUCGUCAGCAAGUCAUUCAGCUUACGGGCUUUCCAAGUACCGAAAGCGCCCCGAAUGAGGCGGAGCUCCUAGUCCUUGACCUUCCGGCCAAGCGUUAUCUGCUCAGCGCCUUCUUGAGGCUAGGGCUCAAAUCUCAGUCAGCUUUACUAUGGAACCUCUGGACUAGUAAUGCCAGUAAUGACGCCGAGCUUCUUCGAAGAGACAUGUCAACAGUGGUAGAUCUUGUCAAGCUAUUUGCCGACAAAGACCCAAAGCGUCAACGCUCGUUCACCAAAGGCUUGUCAGCCGGAGUGCUCAGUACGAAGCAACGAGACCAGGAAUUUGCAUCCACUGCUUUGCAAAGGUUCGUCGAUGCCAAGACGGGAGAAAAGUACUCGCACUUUGAGUUGACCUCCCUAGCUGUGGCAUACCUCUACCUGGGCCGGGAGAGUGAGGCUUUGAACGCCUUCGUACAGCUACUGCAUCAGAGGGAGAUCCCAGACGAGACAGAUGUCAUCGUGCUAUUAUCAGCAGUAUCUGGUGAUGAUGCUGAGAAGGCUUCCCAGCUCUAUCUCUCCUACGUCACUGACACAGGCAGUGAGGUCGCAAGGUCGGAGGGUCUCGAAUCGCCUUUUGUCGGACUACGACCUACUCCGAAGAUCUUCGAGCACCUGAUUGGCAUGGCUUUCAGAGCCCAAAAGGUCACUCUUGCCCACGACCUCGUUCUCCAAGCGUGUAACCGCCUUCCUCAGAAGGAUUGGACGGAUACAAUUCUGGUGCUACAGCGUGCUUUUAGGGUCAAAACGCGUUACCUAUCCUGGACUUGGCCUCUGUUAGUCCAGACAAUCACACCUGAGGUAGCAGCUAAGCUUGACGCUUCCAUUCUGAGUCGAAUGAUCUGCUGUGCUGCCGAAAGACUUGGUCCUCUGGAUCCAGAACCCGGAAAGAAUUCCGCCAAGAGCAAGGUCGUGCCAAUUGCUACCGCCGAUACUGUAGCGGCCAUCGACCUGCUCGAUCUAGCCACGACACGCACAGGCAAUAUCGACAUCAAGGCUUUUCACCUGAUCCUGGACCAGCUCCAUGGCAGAGCCCGCUGGAUCGAGCGAAGGAGGGGGAGGAGGGAGCAAUCACAGCCCUCUUGGAUAGCUCAGCUCGACAGGGUCGUCGCGUGUAUCCGCAAAGCCGACCACAUACAUCAACAGCGCUCUGGCGAUCGUGACCGACCUCUCCCUGUCAUGGCUGACUUUUCCCCGGCCGAGACGAGUUCUGCCUGGGGGUCUGCAACUGAGGAGACCACUCUCCCAUCUUCGGGCCGUCGUUCGGGCCGAAGGACCAGCCUUCUCCUCAAUCAGCUCAUCUUCCGCAGGAUCCUCGCAAUCUACCUCUCCCUCGACGAUAUAUCGGGCGCCUCACAGGUCUACCUGUGGAUGAAACUAUGGGACCCCAAGACUACUGUCGGAGAGAACCUGCGUAAGAAGCUGAGUGGAAUGCUCAGGAGUCUGGACAUUCUGGAGCUAGGGACAAAGAGUCCAAGUUGGACUUUUGAAGGGAGGAGGAUUGAGAAGACCAAGUCUUGGUGGAGUGUGGGAGUCCCUGGAGAAGAAGGAGAGUGAAGCUGCUAGUCGCGGACACGGCUAGGUGAGCGGAGGGCUCUGUAUAUGUAGCAAUCAUCAAAUCAAUUGUAUCACCACCACCUUUGCACACCAAAGCUCCUCCCUAUCUGAGCUGAGCUGAGCGAAUGAGUUCAAUUGCUUAUAUUUGGGGCUCGAUCUCCUCGACCCCGAUCCCACAUUUAGUCUACAACGUGGUAUUUGCCCUUCUUGAGCCUAGACCCACCCGUCUCCACGGGCUGCUCGAACCGCAAGUUGGACCUGUAUCUCCUGAGGUAGACAAUGGCUACCUCCUCAACUGUGUCUGGCUCAAUGCCCAGGUCAGCCCAGCUUUUCGUCCCA